CUCUAUGUUCUUUGUCAGUCAGCCCGUGUAGAUAGUUUGAUCAUCCAAGAGAGGUUAUAAUUGUUAGUGAAAUUCCAAAAAAGAAAGAUGGAAUCCAGUAAUGUACUAAAUGGUGUCAUCAGAGUAAAACAGGAACCUACUGAUAUUUCGUUUAUUGGAAAGGAUUGUGAAACGAUUGACAAGAAACCCGAUUUCAAAAACAUCCAACUCUUACCAUUUCAGCGAGAAAAUUCAUUCCAAAAUCAUGAAAAUAAACUCAAUGACGAUAUGGAAAUAGUUUUUGAAUGUGAAGACGUUAAGUCCAAUAUGAAUUUAUUAGAAGUUAAAAAAAUUGAUGAUUAUUCUGCAAAUCACUUACAAGAGAUGAAGUAUAGCAACGAGCAUGAAUUUAAAAACGAAAUUAACAUAGAAGCCACGGGGGAAGUAAAACGAGAAAUUGUUGACGACGUUGUAGAGCAAUUGAACUUCAAUUUCGACUGUGCACUCGUCGAAAACAAUAAAACAAGAGAAAUUCAAAAAAAGUGUAACAACGAACACAACCUGAAAAACAACAUCGAUACAACCCACGUAUGUGAAAUAUGUGGAAAGAAAUAUUCAAAAAAGUGUAAUCUAAAUAGGCAUGUUAAAACACCGCAUCAUUUUAUUACUCACUCAUGUGAUAUUUGUGGCAAGACGUUUUCAUUAAAAAGUUAUCUCAAAUUUCACAUGGAUUCGGUGCAUAAUGGUAUCACACAUGCAUGUGACAAUUGCGGAAAGAAAUUGACAAGCAAGAGAAAUCUCAAAGCCCACGUUGAUUCGGUGCAUAAUGGUAUCACACAUGCAUGUGAUAUUUGCGGUAAGGAAUACUCUAUGAAAGGUUAUCUCAAAAUUCACAUUAAUACGGUACAUAAUGGCGUCACUCACUCAUGUGAUGUAUGCGCCAAGACAUUUUCAUUGAAAUGUAAUCUCAGAUCCCACGUUGAUUCGGUACAUAAUGGUGUUACACGCGAUUGUGAUAUAUGCGGAAAAAAGUUCUCAAGCAAGGGUUAUCUUAAAAUCCACAUUGAUGAGGUGCACAAUGGUGUUGCACGCGAAUGUGAUAUAUGCGGAAAAAAGUUUGGAAGAAAAAUUAAUCUCAAAAAACACGUCGAUUCGGUGCAUAAUGGUAUCACACAUGCAUGUGAUAUUUGCGGUAAGAAAUACUCAAUGAAAGGUCAUCUCAAAAUCCACAUUGAUACGGUACAUAAUUGUGUUACACGCGUAUGUGAUAUAUGCGGAAAAAAGUUCUCAAACAAAGGUUAUCUCAAAAUCCACAUUGAUACGGUACAUAAUGGCGUUACACGCGAAUGUGAUAUAUGCGGAAAAAAGUUCUCAAGCAAGGGUUAUCUUAAAAUCCACAUUGAUGAGGUGCACAAUGGUGUUACAUGCGAAUGUGAUAUAUGCGGAAAAAAGUUUGGAAGAAAAAUUAAUCUCAAAAAACACAUUGAUGCGGUGCACAAGGAUAUCAAAUAUGCAUGCGAUAUUUGCUGAAAGUCAUUCACUCAAAAAUAUAAUCUCGCAAGGCACAUUAAUUCGGUGCAUAAUGGUACCAAACAUACUUGAGAUAAAUACGAAAAAUCAUUUUCAAGAAAAUAUAAUUUGAAAUAUCCACAUCAGUACGGUGCAUCAAUCACACAUUACAACUUGAUGAUUAUAUAAAAUUUCAAGUACACAAGUUCGGAAGACUAAUUUAAAAAUGCUCAUGUCCAAUAAUAUUACGAGUUUUUGCAAUCGUAUUUUAUUAAAUGAAUACAAUCCUCAAGUUUCAAAAAAUUUAACAAAAUUUUGGAGGAAAAUUAAGCAUCUUCUGAACUGUAUAUAAAAUAUUGAACCUCUCAAGUUGAUGGCAAUUUUAUAAUGCUAAUCACGUUUCAGAGCGUUUUCUGUAAGUUCUUGGAUCUAAUUGUAUGUAAUUUUGCAACUUUCUGUAUCGCUAUUUCAUUGCUUCAAAACUAUUUAUUCUAUUAAGUGAAUCCAUUUAAAAAAAAUAAAAGUGUUAUUAGAAAAAUGCCAUCUCAUUUUAAAUAACAUUAUCUCACCCCGCAUAAUGUUAUUUAAAAUUUCAUGCAACAAUAUGUAUACUCA